AUGCCAAGUACCUAUCGUGGUGAAGAUGCCUUCAAGCGCUAUACUGAAACCCCCCGUCGAGACCUUCAGCUUCCUGGUCUGUCAUUUCGACACUAUGCAGCUACACAUGAUGAUAUCAUGUUACCUGAUAUGGGAAAAGGUGGCGGGCCAACUGGUAAAGAAGAGGCUGUUGCAAUAAUUUGGUAUCGCCAGAUUAUAGCAAACCUUGAUGCUAAGAAAGCUAUCAUUGAUUCCAAACUCCCAGCGCUCCCAUUGCAAAAGAAAGGAGAUGCAUUACUAACUUUGAGCUCUAGUCUGCUGCCGUGA